AUGGUCUUCAAUAUCUUCAAGGAAAUGAGCUACCCCAAGGAAGAACAAUGUGAAGAAAUCAAAGAGCAAGAUCAACAAGUCUCAUGUGGUGAGCUACCAUUGGAGAUUAUGGAUGAACCAAUCAUGAUGGACAAGACAAACAAGAUAGAAUUGGAGGCUCCAAAGUUGGAACUGAAGACUUUGCCUCCAAGUUUGAAAUAUGCUUAUUUGGGGGACAGCAACACAUACCCAGUGAUCAUCAACUCAAGUUUGAAUGAGGAACAAGAAGAGAAGUUAAUCCAAAUGCUGAAACAACAUAAGGAUGCUAUAGGGUGGACACUUGCAGAUCUCAAAGGAAUCAGUCCUUCAAUGUGCAUGCACAAAAUCCUACUUGAGGAAGGUGCAAAACUUUCAAGGCAACAGCAGAGAAGGCUGAACUCAACUAUGAAUGAAGUUGUCCAAAAAGAGGUGUUGAAACUAUGGCAAGCAGGGGUGAUUUACCUUAUCUCAGACAACCCUUGGGUGAGCCCUGUCCAAAUGGUUCCUAAGAAGGGAGGGGUCACUGUUGUGCCCAAUAAGAGGAACGAAUUGAUACCCACACGGACAGUGACUAGCUGGCGUAUGUGCAUUGACUAUAGGAAGCUCAAUGAAGCCACCAGAAAAGAUCACGUUCCCCUACCUUUCAUGGACCAGAUGCUUGAAAGACUCGUAGGACAUGAAUAUUACUGCUUCCUGGAUGGCUACUCUGGCUACAACCAAAUAGUUGUAGACCCUAAGGAUCAGGAGAAAACUUCAUUUACUUGUCCCUAUGGAGUCUUUGCUUAUAGGAGAAUGCCCUUUGGAUUGUGUAAUGCACUUGCAACAUUCCAAAGGUGCAUGCUCUCCAUCUUCUCAGACAUGAUUGAGAAGUUCAUUGAAGUGUUUAUGGAUGGCUUCUCUGUGUUUGGGAAUUCAUAUUCUGAUUGCCUACAUCACCUCGCCCUGGUGCUAAAGAGGGGUGGUUCUUGGUCACAAGAUCUCAAACAAGGGUAUAGAAGUGAACAAGGCAAAGGUGGAACACCACCCAGCUGGGAUCUACCCUUUGAACUAAUGUGUGAUGCAUCUGAUUUUGCUGUUGGUGCUGUUCUAGGACAGAGGAAAGACAAGCUAGUACAUGUUAUAUACUAUGCUAACAAAGUUCUCAAUGAGAACCAAAGGAACUACACUACUACAGAGAAGGAACUUUUAGCCAUAGUCUUUGCUUUUGACAAGUUUAGAUCAUAUCUUAUUGACUCUAAAGUUACUGUUUUCAUUGAUCAUGCAGCCCUUAAAUAUCUGUUGACCAAGCAAGAAUCCAAGCCUAGGUUGAUAAGGUGGGUCUUGCUACUCCAAGAGUUCAAUAUAGAGAUUAAAGAUCGAAGUGGAGUAGAGAACAAGGUUGCUGACCAUUUGUCAAGAAUCCCACAUAAAGAGGAUGAAGCACAACAACUUGAAGUGAAUGAAAGUUUCCGUGAUGAGCAGUUGAUGAUGAUUAAAGAGAGCCUUUGGUUUGCUGAUAUAGCCAACUUCAAGGCUAUUGGGGAGCUGCCCACCAAGAUCAACAGGAACAUGAGGAGGAAACUAGUCAAUGAUGCUAAACACUACAUUUGGGAUGAACCUUACUUGUUCAAAAAGGGUGCUGAUGGAAUCCUGAGGAGGUGUAUUUCACAUGAGGAAGGACAGGAAGUGUUAUGGUACUGCCAUGGAUCCACCUAUGGAGGCUAUUUCAGUGGUGAAAGAACAGCGGCCAAGGCGCUGCAAUGUGGAUUCUUUUGGCCAACAAUCUUCAAGGAUGCAAGAGAGAAUGAAUACCCUGAGAUCAACCAAAAAAUCAACAACAGAGGAUGGGCACUCUUGUGCAACCCACCAAGAAAGGUGGUGAAAAUCUUGGUUAGAGAAUUUUAUGCCAAUGCAGUGCCCCAACUUGGGCAACCUUAUGGCUACUUGAGUUAUGUUAGGGGGAAGGCCAUUGAUUAUAGCCCCUCCAACAUAGACAGGAUGUUGAUGGUGAAGCAAACAAACUCUACCCGAAGUUAUGAAGAGAGGAUAAAACAACAGGGCCCAAGAUUUGAUGAAAUUCUCAACGAGAUAUGUGUGCUGAUUGUGCAUUGGAUCAAUGAUAAGGAUGGGAGACCCAACUAA